AUGGACAACGAGUUCUACAAUGCCAUUGCUAGUCCUAUCACAAUUACUCAGAAUGCUUUGCUUGAAAAUGAAACCGGAACAACUCAAAAACCGUCUAAGCUUAUGGACAUUGAUGAUUAUAACGGUUGGUCUGAACGCUUUGGUAACUGGGUCGAAGCAUAUCAUUUGGAUGCUUGGGAUCAUACUGAAGAGCCAUAUUUCAGACCUCUUGGCAGUGAUCGGAAGAUGAUACCAAUUAGAGAAUUAAGUCCUGAUGAGAAAAAGAAAUACAAAGAUGAGAAGCUGAUGGUUAGUUUGUUGCAACAGGCAAUUAAAGAAGACAUCUUGAUCUUACUUCAACAUGACGGUAGUGCAUAUUCGAUCUGGAAAGAAUUAGAAGCAAAGUCUCUUGGUAAUGAAGAUUUGGGAAAAGAGAGUGGUUUUAGUUGGGAUAAAUACAUUCCAACUGAUAGCAAAGUAUGCUUGGCAGAUCAAGACGAUGAAAAGUUGGCUGAAGGUUUCAGUUGGGACAAUUAUUGCCCAGACCAAGAAUUCAUGGCCAAAGAGAUGUCAAAUGUUAAAGCUUUUGUUGCCAAUGCUUUUGAUGAGUGUUGGGCAGAAAAAUAUAGAAAAAUUAGGCAAGCUGAAGAGGAGAAAUGGAGAAGAAUUGAAGAAGAGGAAGAAGAAGAAGAAAGGAGAAAAGUUGAAGCUGAGAAGAAGAAAAGAAAAGAAGAAGUUCAAGUGAGAAUAGUCAAAGAAGUUCUAGAAUUUGAAAUCAAAGCUGAUACUGAAGUAGUCAAAGUUCCAGAGAAGUGUUUGAAUUGUGAUUCUUUGAUCAAGCAAAACAAUGAGUUGCUACACAACAUUAAAAGGUUAAAAGAAUCAUAUGAUACAUUGAACAGAGAAAUGAACAAAUACACCGGUAUGAACAGUGAACAAGCUGUUGCAAUGAAUACACUCAAAGGAGCUUACAUGAGACAACUUGAUGACAUCAACUUCUACACAGAGAAGUGUGCUGAGCUUGAAUUGAAGAUUAAUCCGAUUAUGGAAAGAUUAAAGACGUUUGAGGAAGAAAAGACUUUGGAAGAAAAGAAGUCCAAGACAAAAGAAGAUGAUGAAGAAAAACUUCAGAAGCUGAGAAAGAGCAAGCAUUCAGAAAGUAGACAAAUCAAGAAUUCCUUGCCAAGAAGCAAGAGGACAUGA